AAAUAGACAUUGACACUAAAUAAAUGUGACUAUUUUUCAAUGAAUAUCUUGCAACUACACUUUGUAGGUAAACGAUGCGUGAUUAGUUGAGACGGAAAUAGUUCCGCUGUUAUUUCGACCGGACCAAUAUUGGCGACGAACGGAACAUUCAAGCUGCAAAAAUCCAAAUAACACAUUUUAGCACUUACAUACAUUAGCCAAGACAUGGGGGAGCAACCAGUGAGAGUCUUGGCAUGUGGGGAUGUUGAAGGCAGGCUGAACGCUCUGUUCAAUCGAGUCCAGACCAUCCAGAAGAAGACCGGACAGUUUGAUCUGCUGCUGUGUGUGGGAGAGUUUUUUGGAACGACGCCAGAGGCCGAAGCAGAGUGGCAGCAGUACAAAGAUGGAGCCAAGAAAGCUCCCAUCCACACUUACAUCCUCGGAGCAGCGAGCCAGGAGACGGUGAAGAAUUUCCCCAGCACUGAUGGCUGUGAGCUGGCUGACAACAUCACAUAUCUGGGUCGGCGAGGUGUGUUCACGGGCGUGUCAGGAUUACAGAUCGCCUACGUCAGCGGUCGGGAGGCCCUGCAGGAACCGGCCCCGGCUCACUGCUUCACAUCCAAAGAUCUGUCGGCCCUCGUGGCUCCGCUGACCAGCAGCUCCAAGUUCAGAGGAGUCGACAUCCUGCUGACGUCACAGUGGCCCCGAGGAGUGUGGCACUACGGAAACAACCCGGAAGUGAACACUAAGUUCUGUGGAAGCGGCUCCGUCGCUAACCUCGCUGACAAACUGAAACCACGAUACCACUUUGCUGCACUAGAGGGCGCUCACUAUGAAAGACUCCCAUACAGGAAUCAUGUUAUUCUCCAGGAAAACGCUCAGCACGUCAGCCGCUUCAUCGCCCUGGCAACCGUCAACAACCCCGCCAAGAAAAAGUAUUUGUACGCCUUCAACAUAAUCCCCAUGAAGACCAUGGAUCCAUCAGAGCUGGUGAAGCAGCCGCAGGACGUGACCGAAAACCCCUACAGAUGCUCCACGAAAGACAAGACAGACAAACAAAAGACAGGCUUCAGCACCACAGAGGAGGAGGAGCCGGCCCGUCAGUUCUUCUUUGACCUGAGCAGGAAGCAGGGCGGGGGUCCUCGGGGCCGCGGCUGGAAGAGACAUUCGGACGGAGACGGACGAGGACGAGACCAGCAGCAUGAGGGACAGCCCAAACAGCCCCGCAGGCACCCUCAGCCGUCUGGUCCCUGCUGGUUCUGUCUGGCCAGUCCUCAGGUGGAGAAACACCUUGUCAUCAGCAUAGGAUCACAUUGUUACCUGGCUAUGGCUAAAGGCGGUCUGACUCCUCACCACAUGCUGAUCCUCCCCAUCGGUCACUACCAGUCUGUGGUGGAGCUGAGCUCGGAGGUGGUGGUGGAGAUGGAGAAGUACAAGUCGGCCCUGAAGAGCUUCUACAAGAGCAAAGGAGAGCGCUGUGUGCUGUUCGAGAGGAAUUACAAAAGCCAACACCUGCAACUACAGGUCGUCCCGGUGCCAUUGGACCGCUGCACCACAGAGGACAUCAAGGAGGCGUUCAUGGUCCAGGCUCAGGAACAACAGAUGGAGCUGAUGGAGAUUCCUCAACACACCGACCUCAAACAGAUUGCUCCUCCAGGGACUCCGUACUUCUACGUGGAGUUGGACUCGGGGGAGAAACUCUACUACCGCAUCCAGAAACAUUUUCCUCUGCAGUUUGGACGGGAGGUUCUGGCCAGCGAGCCGUUACUGAACAUCCCGACUCGAGCUGACUGGAAGGAGUGUAAACAGAGCAGAGAGGAGGAGGAGGAGAGCUGCAAACAGCUGAGAGACGACUUCCAGCCGUUCGACUUCGCCUGGGAAGACUAACACAACCACACACGCACACACACACACACGUAGAUACAGUUACCACCACGGCAGCCAGGAUCAAUGUUGGUGUUGCUGUUUUUGUUUCUACUGUUUUGUUUUCUACAACAUUUCCUCCCUUCAACUGUUAAAGCAAUAGUUCGACAUUUUGGGAAAUAUUAUUAUUCGCUUUCUGACAGUUAGAUGAGAAGAUUGAUACCACUCUCACAUCUGUACGGUGAAUAUGAAGCUACAGUCAGCAGCCAAUUAGCUUAACUUAGUAUAAAGACUGGAAACAGGGUCCAAACGUAACAAAAUCCACCUGCCCACACGUAAAGCUAACUAAUUAACACAUUAUAUCUUGUCUGUUUAAUCAGUGAGCUUUAGAGGUGCGGGUUGGCAGAUUUUAUUACCUUUGGACAGAGCCAGGCUAGCUGUUUUCACCUGUUUCCAAUCUUUGUGCUAAGCUACGCUAACCAGCUGCUGGCUCCAGCUCACAGACAUGAGAGUGGUAUCAAUCUUUUCAUCUAACUCUCGGCAAGAAAGCAAAUAUAUAUUUCCCAAAUACGCCCAAAUGUUUUGUACCAGUGUUUUCUUUUUAAUACUAUUUGACAGUUGUUGCUUUUGAAGUGAUGGAGGAAACUGAGAUAUUUGCAGCAAAGUUUUUUAUAAGUAAGGAUCAUGAAAGCCUCCGUUUAAAGUUUCUUAAAGUGUCAAAAUGUUUCAGAAUUUUUUCUUUCAAAACAGGUUUAUUUUUUCAGUCUUUUGUUUAUCAAAGUGAAGUUGAAAUUCACAAAAUGUAUGGAAAAGUUUUCCAAAACCAGAGACAUGUUGCUGGCAAAAAGCGGGGAGGCGUGCUCAGAAGUGAUAAAAAAUGAUCGUGAGUCCCAGUGUUUAAAAUGUCAGCAGUGACUGUUUUAGAUUGCUGUCCGUUGCUUUGGGAAGAUGUUUGUCUUUUAGUUAUUCCUGAUACAUAAAAAGACAAAAGAAAAAUCCAGUUUCAGCAGCUGCUCCUUCAAAAUAAAAGUUGAAAUCCACACAGACUGAAUCUCUAAAAAACUUUUAUAAAUAAAACACUGUAAAAACCUGAACAGCAGCUCAGAAACCUUAAUAAUAAUUUCUAUGGAGACUCUUUUGUUUUAAGCUCAACUCUGGGGAAAAUUGUUUUUAAAUGUAUUUCUUGUAUUUUGUAAAUGAACAAUAAUUAAACUCUCAUUUUCAGUU